AUGAAAAUUGAAGAUCAAAGCAAAAAUAGCAUUGAUAAAAGUAAAAAAUAAUAAUAAGCUGAUCAUUCGAUUUGCUUAGGAGAAGACAUUUAUGAUUUAUAAGAGAAUCAGAAUGAUGAAACAAAAGAAAUAAAGUUUAGAACUGAGAAUUAAUAUCUCUAAUAAAUAUAAAUCUUAAAAGAAGAAAAUGAAAAAUAAAAAAAGAUUAUUUUUUAAUUGAGGAAUACAAUUAAAUAUUAUGAGGAAAAGCAAUAGCCAAUUUACUAAGAAAACCAAUUUAACCAAAUAUUAAUGCCUAAAGAAAAAGAUUUAAUUAGUGAAUGGAUCACAUAAGGUGGAAGAGAGAUUAGUUUACAGCCUGUAUAUAGAGCUACAAGUGAUGGGUUUUAGAUAAAAAAUAUUUAUUAGAAAUGUUCUGAAAUAAAUAAUUUAAUAGUACUAAUUUAGACAGAAUAAAAUAAAAGAUUUGGAUUUUUCACAAACCUUGAAAUCAAAGAUAAUGGAUAUCAAUUCAUAACCCAAAAUCCAAAUGAAAUAUUUUUGUUUUCUCUUGAUUUGAAGUAAAAGUUUACUUCGAAUAAAAUUAACUGCGAGCAUGCAUUUUAUUCAAACGAUAGUUACUUUUCAGUUGGUUAAAAUGAUAUUUUAAUAUACACUAACUCAAAUGAAUCCGAAAAAUCUUGCAAUAACUUUGGUUGUUAUGGAGAAAAGCAAGGAAUUAAUUCAGGAGGUUUUCUAAAUGGCGGAUCUAGAAAUUUCAAGACAAUUGAAAUAGAAAUUUUUAAAGUUGAUUACCUUUGA